CCCGCCACAGGCCGUUCAUCUCAUCCUCCACAAGUGAAACAAAACCAUUUACAUGAUUCAAUAUCUAGGCGCAGAGGAGUUAUAUUCUGCAGUAUAAAUCAGAAUUUACCAAUUUUUCAACACAGUUUGCUCUUCAAUAUCCAAGCCUGAGGAGUUUCGGUUUUAUUUUAUUUCCAUUUCCAACACUUCGCCUCACCUCCAUUGCGGCAACUGCGACACGAUAACGAUUCUUUAUCGAUGAACAAGCAUAACAUACCACAAACGUCAUAUAGUAAGAACAUCCCAAUUGAUGCAGGAGACAGGAACUUCUUCAUCUACUCAGUUCCAAGGCGUCAUGGCGGAACAAUCUAUGCCCUCGAGGCAGCUCUGUGACUUUCUCAAAACGCUGCCCCGCGUUCACCAGAAUCGGUACACAGAGCAGGCGGAACGCGAUUUACUUCAGAGUCUCUUUUGGUCACUCGCUGGCGGACAAAAAGACUACUUAAACCUUUUCUUUCCAGAGGAUUCGAGGCCGUCAAUCAACGAGCCAUGGAAACUGAGAAAAGCGCAAGGAGGAACAGAUGGCGACGAAUUUACAGAGGCAGCUAGAGGGAAGGUUUGCGGACAUAUAUUUAAGACUGGAGAAGCUACAUAUCGAUGUAAAACCUGUAGUUCCGAUGACACAUGCGUACUCUGCAGUCGAUGUUACGAUUCAUCUGAUCAUACGGGACAUAUGGUAUAUGUGAGUGUCUCAUUGGGGAACAGUGGAUGUUGCGACUGUGGAGAUCCAGAGGCCUGGCGUCUACCUGUCCAUUGCUCGAUACAUACAGCAUACGGACCUGGCGAAGGUGAAGACAAGGGUAAAGCAGCUGGUCUGCCAGGGGAAUUGGUGGAAAGCAUACAAAUGACCAUCGGGAGGGCUUUUGAUUAUAUUUGUGAUGUUAUAUCAUGUUCGCCAGAACAGUUACGAUUGCCUAAAUCGAAGGAGUCUAUACAGUUGGAUGAGAGGAGGUCGCGAUUGACAUCUUCAUACUAUAACGGAGAUAUCAUUGAGGAUGAAUGCGAAUAUGCACUUCUUUUGUGGAAUGACGAAAAGCAUACUGUCAAUGAAGUUCGAGAUCAGGUGGCAAGAGCCUGCAAAUUAACGAAUGCGGAGGGGUUGCAGCGGGCACAUGAAACUGAUGAUAUUGGCCGGAGUGUGAUUAAAUAUAGUACAGACAUUGACCAAUUGUUGCGGGUUUCAAAGGUUGUUGAGCAGAUUAAGGUCACGGUCACUAUUCGUUCUGCCCGGGAUAGUUUCAGAGAGCAGAUGUGUGGGACUAUCAUCGAAUGGCUCAGCGAUAUUUCUGGUUGUAGCGUCGGUCCAGAUCACAACAUCUUACGACAAGUUGUUUGUGAAGAGAUGCUUAAAGAGUGGAACCGAGGAAGUGAGGCAAGCAACGCCGACAUAGGGCUGAAUGGAAUCGAUGACCAUGAAGUGGAGGACAGGUCGUGGUCACGUGCUGAAAGUCGUGUUUUCGGACAUAUUUUCAGAGACCGGCAGCCUCAAGCUAUGGCGGUAAUGGCCGCCGCUGCUGCUACCGAUUCGGAACCUGACGAAGAUGGAAAUGAUGACGAUGACGAGCUCAAUGAAGCUAAUAUAGCGCUUGAUGAUGACGAUGAAGAUGGUCCCAGUGAUGACGACGUAGAACUAGUUCAAUUUGAGUCCGAGGCGUUGAGGAUUUUUCAACAGGCGAGACAACAAGCUUUAGCUGCCGCUACUCAACCAGAAGCCGAAGCCGAGACUGAUAACGACGGAGAUGUUAAUAUGAUCGGAGCAGAAGAUGAGGCACUAGAGGUACAAGAAGCUACUAUGGCCGGGUAUCCACCUCCGCCGCCACCACCACCUCCACCUCAGAGAGUUACUAGAGAUCGUGAUCUUACACCAUCGGAUUCUGAUACUGCGGAAAUGCAACCUCUUAUAUCAGACAACCUGUAUGCGAAAGCCAAGAUGGAAAUUCCGAAGACUCCAUUGAAUAUAGUAAAGAAAGAAAGAGCAAAGCCAGCUAGGUAUUGGCUUGAAAGUCCUCCUGGUUAUACCGACAGAGAAUCAGUAGUAUUGCAUGAGGAUCUGUGGCAUAAGCUACGAUUAGAUUGGCUAAUUUUAUUUGAUUUGAGGAUGUGGAAAAAAGUUCGAGUCGAUCUUCGUGAGCUUUACAUCUCGACCGUGGUAUCGAUUCCUGAGUUCAAACGUGUGCUUGGUCUACGUUUUGCAGGUCUUUACACUACUCUCGCGCAACUUUACUUGAUUGCCGACAGGGAACCAGAUCAUUCCAUUAUCAACAUCUCUUUACAAAUGUUGACAACGCCAUCAAUCACCGCUGAAAUCGUGGAAAGGGGAAAUUUCUUAACCAAUUUAAUGGCAAUUCUGUAUACCUUCUUAACCACACGACAGGUUGGACAUCCGUAUGAAAUAUUCCCAAAUGCCACAUUAUCUUUCGACUCAGGGUCUGUAACCAACCGUCGAAUGUAUCAUUUCUUCAUGGAUUUGAAAUAUCUGUUCGGUUCAGAGCACGUACAAGAAAAGUUACGCACAGAGGAAAGAUACAUGCUGCAGUUCUUGGACUUGGUCAAACUCCAUCAAGGUAUUUGUCCUAAUGUCAGGGCUGUUGGCGAGCAUGUGGAGUAUGAAACGGAUGCUUGGAUUAGUGCGUCUCUAAUCACCCGAGAAAUCAAUCGUCUGUGUAGGCAAUUCUCCGAGUCUUUUAAAUGGACUCCUGGUGAAUCGACGGAUCCUGUUUGCAGGGCAAUUCGAACUGCAGCAAAGGCGGUUAUCCUUAACUCCUUGGGUACUGAGAGGAACCGUUUUACCCAGGCAGAAAUUAAGGAUGAAGUCAAAUUCAAGAAGGUAGGGGAUUAUGAAUUCGACACUACCGAACAGUCCAACAGUGUUAUUCAGCAUUCAGUAGUCAGGUUUGUGGUAGAGUCUCAACCUAUUAGUUUCCACCAUGCGCUCCACUAUACUCUCUCCUGGCUAAUCGAGUGCGGUAAAAGCAUGCCCAGACAACAGCUUGUCCGGCUACUCAGCUUUACUACCCAAGAACUUCUUCAAAAACCUAAAUUCAUGGGGCAACGACUUAUGCCUAGUCAAGUAUACUCCCCAGAGGAUCACUUAGUGGCAGCCUUCGACUACCCCUUGCGAGUAUGUGCAUGGUUGGCGCAAAUGAAAGCUAAUAUGUGGGUUCGAAAUGGCAUGAGUCUUCGUCACCAGCAGGGUACAUACCGUGGGGUCACAUUGCGGGAUGUAUCCCAUCAUCGAGAUAUAUUCCUUCUUCAAACUGCUAUGGUUGUAUGUCCACCUGCUCGUAUGCUGGUCUCGAUUAUCGACCGAUUUGGUCUGGAGCAAUGGAUGAAAGGCUUGUAUGAAGUCAAGUCAGAUGGAGUCGAUGAUGGACAGAUUCUCGAUAUCGCAGAGGAUUUGAUUCAUCUUCUGAUUGUCCUGAUCAGCGAUAGGACAUCUUUGCUUUCAAGUGAUGAUGACCCUGGAUCUCACAUAAUGGCUAUGCGUCGAGAUAUUACUCAUGUUCUUUGCUUCAAACCACUAUCAUUCACGGAGAUUUGUGGCAAGCUACCCGAUAAAUUUCAAGACCAGGAGGAGUGUCAGGAUAUUCUGGACGAGAUGACGAAUUUCAAGCCGCCUGAGGGUCUAUCUGAUGUUGGAACGUUUGAGCUGAAAGAACAAUAUUUGGAAGACAUCGAUCCCUAUAUCGCUCAUUAUAGUAAGAACCAAAGAGAGGAGUCCGAAAACACUUACAAGGCUUGGAUGGCAAAGAAGACAGGUAGACCACCUGCCGAAAUUGUUUUCGAGCCCAGAUUGCGCCCUAUUGAGUCAGGCGCGUUUUCGGAUCUAGCAGCUUUUACGCGAACGGGUAUCUUUGCUCAAAUCAUUUAUUAUGCACUGUUAUAUCCGUUGAUGGCGAAUAAGCUAACGCCAGCUGUACCUGUAACCCGAGUAGAGACAUUCUUGCAUGUAGUUCUACAUCUAGUCCUCAUUGCCGUAUCAGAGGAUAGGACAGAUGAAGAUGAGAUGUCCGAAGAGUCCCUUGAGUCGUUCAUUUAUAUCGCACUCACAAGCAACGCACGAAGCAACUUCUCGCCAAGCGCUCCAGCAUCGAAGACAAUAGUUGCUAUUCUGGAAAUGCUGUCACGAAAGGAGGAGUUUAAGACUUGCCAUCCAAAGAUUACUUUGGUAUUGAAGAGAAUGAAGCAAAAGCGACCUAGAAACUUCGAAACUGCAUUUUCAAGAUUGGGCGUUCCGGUUGAUAGAAUAUCUACCGCUUCGCCUGCAAACAACAAUGCUCUUGAAGAUAAGGAGAGGAAAAAGCAAGCUGCCUUGGAACGUCAAAAGAAGGUCAUGGCCCAAUUUCAACAACAGCAGAAGAAUUUCCUUGAUAAUCAGGGAGAUAUUGAUUGGGGUGAGGAUGAUAUAAGUGAUUCGGAUGUGGAAUCUGAAGGCGAGAGCUCGAAGAGUUAUUACCAAUACCCUUCCGGAACUUGUAUCCUUUGCCAAGAAGAAACCAAAGAUGGUCGUCUUUACGGAACAUUUGCUUUGAUGACUUCGAGUUCGGUCUUACGUCAAACAGACAUGUCUGAUCCCGAUUUUGUUCGGGAAGUUACCAAUGUUCCUUCCAAUUUAGAUAAGUCUGCGGAAGAUAUUCGGCCAUUUGGAGUUUCUGGUGAAAAUAAGGAACAGGUUCAUAAAGUAACUUCUAGUGGGGUCGAGAUUGUCACGGAACGUUCCUUUAUUGGCAAAGGAUUUCCUUCCAGUUUUACAAAUCCUGGCCCAGUAUCUGUUGGCUGUGGACAUAUCAUGCACUACAAGUGUUUUGAAGUCUACAAUGAAGCCUCAAAUAGACGGCAUCAGCAUCAAAUUGCUCGACAUCAUCCAGAGAAGCUUGAACUGAAUGAAUUUGUCUGUCCGCUAUGUAAAGCUCUGGGAAAUUCCUUCUUACCGAUUAUUUGGUCUCCAAAGGAAGAGAUUCACGUUGGCCCUCUUAAACCGCCAGAUGCUUUUGACAACUGGAUCGAAAGGUUUGCUGGCGCCUUUCAACAUCCUAGAGCCGAGAAAAUCAAUCAAAUCGGUAGCGCUCACAACUAUGAUCGCAAGGCCGACUUUCCUGCAAGCCGACGAACUAUGCAAUUUUUCAAGAAGCACAACGAAGAGACUAUGGCCGGUCCUUUGGUAUCCAAGAUGCCUGAAUUAUUAAUGGAUGCUUGGGAUCCACCGUCACCGAGUCAUUGGUCAUCAUUCACGCCAAGUAGCAUGCGAGCUGCUCUUCCACCAGAUAUUGCGAACGCUAUUUGGGCCGAAACUUCUCCCCUUCCUGGUGAUAGAACAUCUAACACCGGCUCUUCUGUGCGAGAAUUGACUGAUAUAUAUCGAAGGCUUCGAGAUACUAUGACGAAGAAUGGAUUGACCAGUAGACAUAAUCAAAAACUUUCACAGCAUGAAGAGAGAGAUUUCUGUUCCAGUGAUGUACUGGCGCAAGCCUUGGGAUUUUCCAUCUCUGCAGCUGAGAUCCAGCAGCGUGGUAUAGCAACAUUACCUGGACAGACUUUCUUGGAAAGCAUUCCGCAGCAAGCUCUCACUCACCUUCGAAUACUAUCUGAUACCGCAUUGUCUUACGUUACGGUUGGUGGGCUUAAACUUGCUGGAGAUAACAGGGUCGCUAGAGAAUUUAGUACGGACUAUGAGCUACAAUACCAGCGAUUGUUCCGGAAACCGGCAUAUUCUACUUCAUCCGAAACCUCAUUGGACUCAGAUCCCUUACUUUGUCAAGACAUCUUUAUUUUCUUGGCUGAAGCCUCCUUGUGCCUUGCGCCUGUUGACGACAUUGAAAUCAUUCAUCUUGUUCGUCUUUGCUAUUUGGCAGAGAUGACGAAGGUUGUCCUUCAAUUAGGACGACAUAUGGACAAAUCAAAAUGGUUCGAUAUGAUUGAGCUCUAUAGACAAGAAGGGCUUGACAAUUUCGGAGAAUUUUGUCUUCACGUUCGACUAUCUGAUGUCGACGAUGUUCAGUGUCCGGAUUCUACAAGUCUACAUGGUUUCAACACUCUACGGGAUUGCCGUACCUUCGUACAGAAGUAUGCACUAGUAUUCCUCAGAAAGGUUAUGAUUCUUUUGAAUGUUCGUUAUGGUAUUGUUUUCCAAAACUAUGUUUCAUCUAAUUCGGAAAUGGAUGAGCUCGAGCGCCUAACUGAGGCACUCUGUUUGCCAGUCUUUAAUGAGAUGUUCUCCCACUUUGGCAAGGAAGAGGGAACAAUCUCGCAUUUAGUUAAUCAUUGGAUCAAGCACGCGAAUCUAAUGAACCUUGCUAUGGUCAUGACGACCAUGGAAAAUUCGAUGACGACUUAUAGCGGCGAUAUAAAACCUGAACUUCUAGGUCCAACACCAGAGAUCAUUGAUAUCAUCAGUCAGCUUCGCAACGAAGGAUUGGAUGUAUUGCAGACGACGAUCCGUAUUAUUAACAGUUUCAAUAAUAUGAGGUUAAGACUCAGCCACCCUAGUAUUUUUGAGCUCAUCGGCCUUCCGAAAAAUUACGAUACUCUUAUGGAGGAAACUAUGAAGAGACGCUGUCCCAAUAGCAAGAGAGAUAUACAGGAUCCGAUGCUGUGUCUUUUCUGUGGUGAAAUCUUCUGUGGGCAGAGUAUCUGUUGUUCAAGAGAUGGUCCGGAGAAACCUAAUGGUGGCCCGAGGGAUAAAAUUGGUGGUGGUCAACAGCAUAUGCUUAAGUAUAUCUUCCCUCUCCUUUCUAUUUCUCCUUUCCUCACAUAACUAACAACUGCAAAACAGAUGUCAAAAGAACACUGCCCUCUUUCUCAACAUCCGCAAAUGCUGUAUCUUCUACCUCUAUCGCACCUCGGGUUCGUGGAUGGUGGCACCGUAUAUCGAUAAAUAUGGGGAGGUAGAUCCGGGUCUGAGACAUAGUCGCCAAUUGUUCUUGAAUCAAAAGAGGUACGAUGCGCUUUUGAGGACGGUGUGGUUGAGUCAUGGAAUUCCGAGUGUUAUUAGUAGGAAGUUGGAGAUGGAUAUAAAUAAUGGGGGAUGGGAGACUAUCUGAUGGAGGAGGGGUAUUAGUUGUUAGGGACUGUGGAAAGAGAAACUGAAGGAUCGAGAUUUAGAUGCGUCGAUUUUUUUUGAUUCUUUUCGCAUAGGCGUUCUGUUGUGGGAAGUGUGCUUUUGUACGGAAGUUAGGUUUUGCGAGGUUAUCUUCUUUUUUAUAAGCUUUGCUAGUAUGGUUUGAGAAUAGGUGGGAUGUAGUGGAGUGGAAUGCAUUUAUGAAUAUGAAUUUAAAUAUAAAGACGGGAAUGAUAUAUUAAAUAAAGUAUAUGGUUCUA